AGGGACGGGUAACGUCAUGUGUCAAGAUAAAUUUUCUUAUAGAUUGAGUACUUAUAACAAACGGUGAAUCUGAGGAAAACUUAGGAACAGUUAUGCAUCUGUUUUUCUAAAAAUUGAAUUGCUUGAUUUUGACUAUAAACCAAUAAGAGGAAAGAAGACAAAGUUUUAAUGAAUAGUACAGAUAAACCGUUCAAACGUGAUUUCUGAAAAAACAAAUGAUAAAGAAAGUGAGGGUAACAAGAGUUAGUUUGACCGAGACCGUUGUGUCAAGUUUUCUUUAGUAAAACAAUAAAGUGUCAAGCCAACUUUUUGUUGUUACUACGCUCUAUAGAGUAAUACAAGCGUUUGAAGGUUUUUAAUUAGUUUCAUGAAUCGAGACUUUUUUUUAAAUAAUAAACUCAUGAUACUUUAAUGUACCAUAUUUAUAUUUAUUAUAUGAAAAGUUGACUCCCGAGAUACAUUUACAAGUACCAAACAAGUAAUAGAAUUCGAUUGAGGCGGAGGAAUAGAACAUGUUGGACUUAAAAAAAAUUGACAAGGGAACGAAUGAGAAUGAGGUCGAACCCUUUCUAUCAACGCAUGAUGAACGCUUAGAUAAAAUAAAACACACAAAUACAGUCAAUAUAACAUUGUGUGAAGAUACUAUAGAACUACAUUAUAGGGGUACCCCGGUACGUGAUUCCUUUCGUUCCGUACGCCAUCCAUUACCUUUAAACGACAAUAGUCUAAAGGAAGAAAAAGGGGUUUAUGAGAAAGUCGGGUACCAAUCAUUAAUCUUCUCAAAUUUCGGGUUUCAAAAGCGCACACAUUAUGAAGAAUUAAAAGAGUUAUUUUUUAAAUCAAAAUUUGUUUUUGUACUAUCAGAAAUUUGGCGUUUAGCUUUAUUGUUUACUGGUGAAUGUGAUGGUUGGAUUAUUAUAGGAUUAACGGCACUCUUUACUGCCUGUUCAGCUAAUUGGAUUGAAAUCGUUGUUCAACUUCUCUCCGAUUGGAAAAUUGGAUUUUGCUCGAGUAUUUUUGCGUUAAAUCGUACUUUUUGUUGUGGAACCAGUUCUGUUGUUGAUACCGUUUCAAACCAAUGCAAAUUUUCUCGUAAAGUUUUAGUACGUAUGGAGGGUGUUUCCAAUACUCGAUGGAUCUCAUGGAGUCAUUAUUUUGGUUUACAAGAUGUAUUUUUAUCGUAUAUGAUAAAUUAUUUCAUGUUCAUACUGAUCGGCGUCUUUUUUGCUACACUUGGUUCUUGGUUGUGCAGUGUUUAUUGCUCUUCAGCGACCGGUUCUGGUAUACCCGAAGUCAAAACAAUUUUAAGCGGUUUUCGUAUACCGAAUUUCCUAGGAUUUCGUGUAGGUGUUAUUAAGUGUAUUGGUCUUUGCUUAGCAGUCUCAAGUGGAUUAUCCUCAGGAAAGGAGGGGCCUUUAGUUCAUAUUGCUUGUUGUUGGGCAGAACUUUUAGCUGUUUUAUCACCUAGUUACAGAAAUGAGAAAACAAAAUAUAGGGAAUUACUUUCAGCUGCUUGUGCUGUUGGAGUCUCAAUAGCUUUCGGUGCACCUUUAGGUGGUGUUUUAUUCUCUUUAGAAGAAGUUUCAUCUCAUUUUCCUUCAAAUACAUUAUGGAAGGCUUUUUAUGGAGCUGUUAUCGGAGCUCUUUCUUUAAAGUGGUUUGAUGUCGGAGGUACAGGUCGGUUGGCGUUAUUUGGAAUGGAUUCAAUAUCAUUAGCAGGAACUUGGCAAAUUCAGGAACUCAUUCCUUUUUCGUUAAUUGGUUUAUUAGGAGGUAUAAUUGGUUCUUUGUUCAUCAAAGUUCACCUUUAUUGGUUACAAAAAAAACAAUGCAUGCCAAUAAUCAUAAAAUAUCCAAUAACCGAAGUUUUCGUCAUAACCACUAUCACAUGCAUCAUAAAUUAUCCUUUUCCAAUGCUACGCGCGACACUGACAUCGCUUCUCGAACAAUUAUUUAGUCGUUGUGAACCUUCAACAAAUGUGGACUUGUUUCAUUUUUGUACUUCGCCAUCGUCUUUACAAAGUCAAAAAUCCCAUUACAGACUUGAUGUUUUACUUUUAAUACAAUUUUGCUUUGUGGCCGCUGUUCGCUUUUUUGAAACGUGUGUCACCUUUGGCAUUUAUCUACCUGUGGGUUUAUUCAUUCCCACGUUGACGGUAGGAGCGGUGUUUGGUCGAGUAAUUGGUUUGCUUGUGAUAAAAACAAAUAAUCGACUCCGAUUUUUAACCUGUCAUGAAUGCAUUCAUCCAGGUGUAUACGCUAUCGUGGGUGCUGUUGCAGUGAUGGGUGGAGCAACACGCGUGACGAUAUCAUUGGUUGUGAUAGCGUUUGAACUCACGGGUGGAUUAUCUUAUAUUGUGCCCUUUAUGAUAGCUGUCCUCAUAGCGAAAUGGGUUGGUGAUGCCCUGUGUCCAUUGUCAAUUUAUGACUGUUACAUUUAUAUGAAGGGGUAUUCAUAUUUAACGCCUCAUCAGCAGGUGUGUUCAGAUGAUAAGGUGUCGACUACCAUGCUAAAACGUUAUCCUGCAUUGAUACAAAGAAACAAUACUAUCCCUUUUGUAGAAAACAUGCUAACAAAUUCUUCUUUUGAAUGUUUCCCUAUCUUAACCACAUUUGAAGAAAAAAGAUUUCUUGGCUACAUUUCACGUGAUGUUCUUAUUCAAGUGAUAAGAAAUCUUAAAAAACAACCGUCUUAUUAUACUGAAGACGUUAUAUCCUUCAUAGAAACAGAUGAAAUAAUUUCUCUUCCGUGCACUAUAAAAGAAAAAGAGGCAAAAGAUAUUGAAUUAGGUACUUAUCCUAGAAUCUCAGACACUUCAUAUAAUCCCGUGCCUUAUGCUCUGGAUACAACAAAAGACGCUCCUAAAUCUCAUAAUAUAUAUCAUUUGAUGGUGUUUCAACCUUUUCGUUUAUGUGCUGUAGCGUCAAUGACGGAUGCUCAUACAAUCUUUAGAUAUUUCGAUGUUGAAACAAUUUGGAUCACUAAAAAUGAUAGUCUUAUUGGCGUUUUAACGAAAAACCAGAUGCUAACGUAUAUAAGGAAGUUUUGUAAUAUACCAUUACUUUGAAAGAACGAUGAUGAUUGAAAAAAAUGAAUCAAGCAUUCA